UUUGGAUAGAUUGAUAAAAGAGAGAAGAAAAGAAGCGAAUGAACGUUGCAAAGACGAAAUAGGGCUCAGACGACACUGCGUUUUCCUCCUCUCUCACUGUCUCUCAUCGUAUCGCAGGAACAAUUCUGCAACUUCCAACAACAACAACCCUUUCUUCUUUUCUCUGAAGAAUGAAGCCAAAAGCAUCGGUGAAUCGACCACCCACACCAGAUGUGGUUGAAAAUGUCCCAGAAAGGGAACCAACGCUUCAAGAGCUCAUCAACAUCAAGUUGAUUGAGAGUGGAGAGAAGGAGCGGUUGAUGGAGCUUCUUAGGGAAAGGCUUGUGGAUUGUGGUUGGAAGGAUGAAAUGAAAGCUAUCUGCAGAGACUUUGUGAAGAAGAAAGGGAGGAAUAAUGUUACGGUAGACGAACUUGUACAUGUAAUCACUCCAAAGGGAAGAGCCUCUAUUCCUGAUUCCGUAAAGGCUGAGCUGUUGCAGAGGAUUCGCACAUUUCUUGUAUCUGCAGCUCUAUAAUAUAUCCACACUUCACAUGGCUUGGUCUGUGUUAUUCUCACCAAUACGUUUUAAAGAUCGUGGUUGGAACUAGUGAGAACCGCACGCCUUUGUACUGAGUUUUGUCUAGGAGGGAUAUGAAUGUAUCUUGUAAAACCAUGACUGCUUCACUGCUUUCAAUAUAAAUUUGAGGAUUCUUUGUCUACUA